AUGGCGCGCUACAAGGUGGGCAUCGCCUCAUUCAGCAAGACCCGAUUCUCCGAACAAGGCCAACUGAAGGAGGUAGGUGCCGGCUACACCUUCUUCUGGAGCGGUCGCCCCAGGCAGAGCGACGAGACGGGGGUUUCGCCUUCGCCAUCCGGAACGAUAGCGUGGGACGACAGUCCUGUUUGCCACAGGGCAUCAACGAUCGCCUGAUGAGCCUCCGUCUGCCUCUCCGGGGAGACCAAUUCGCCACCAUCGUCAGCGUCUACGCUGACCAGACCCGCCGAGAGGAGUGACGAAUUCUACGAGGACCUGCACGUUCUCCUGUUGUCUGUGUCGAAGGCGGACAAGUUGCCUGUCCUAGGGGACUUCAAAGCCCGUGUCGGCACAGACCGUGCUGCCUGGAGAGGAGUUCUGGGUCUCCAUGUUCUAAACCACUCCAAUGACAAUGGCCCACUCCUCCUACGAACCUGUGCAGAACACCGAUUCAUCCUGACGAACACCUUCUUCUGUCUGCCGGAGCGAGAGGUCACCUGGAUGCAUCCUGGGUCGCGACGCUGGCAUCUGGUGGACUAUGUCCUAGUCCGGAGGCGAGACCAGCGGGAUGUGCUGGUGACAAGGCGAUUCCGUGUGCCGACGGGUGGACUGACCAUUGUCUGCUCAUCUCCAAGAUGCAGAUUCGUCUACAGCUUCGCAGGAGACCUCAAGGUAAGCGAUCCCCAGGUAAACUAAAUACUGCUUUAUUGUCUUGGCCUGCUCACCAUCUCCAGUUCAGCAAUCAACUGACCCAGCAGCUGGAAGACCUGCCAGCAGCAAAUGAAAACGCCUGCGUGGUUGUUCCCUCAUUACUUACAGACGGUGAGCAAGGUGGUUGA